UCCGCGAUCGUAACAACACAUCGUAUUGGAUAUACUCGAUUGAAUAAUAUUUACAAAAAUUCUUUCUAUUUUUUCUCCUUUUAAAAUGAUUGAAAAGUAUUUAAAGUAACGAAAGAAUCGGAAAGAAUAUAUAAUAUCUGUAUGUGUGAAUGAAAUGACUUCACCAACAAAUAGAAUGUCGGGAUAUUCAUAUAAUCAAGCAUAUGACACAGCCAGCGAAAGAAACAGUAUAUUUUGGGACGCGUUAUCGAUGGCAUCGGGUUCUGAUAGAAAUUCUAUAGCACUUUCGAUCUAUCAUUCAGUACCUGAAUUACAUCAGGACGAAAAUGAUGGUGGAGGUCAUCAACAUCGCAUGAAUGGAAAUGAUAAGAUUUGGCACGAUUACCAAGACGACGAAGAAAAUAAUAAAUCUGUUGACUUCAUAUUGGCAUAUAAUGGAAGUGAUGUAGCGAAUAAGUAUAAACGACAGCUCUUUCAAAAGCACCUUACACGUGAAGGAUUAAAAUUGGAAAUAGACGAAUCCCAGGAUGUUCAUUUUGUCAAAAUACAUGCAACACGUGAAGUUUUGUUUCGGUAUUCGGAAAUUUUAAAGUUCAAGUUCCCAAUCAAAUUAGAUGAGAAUGAGAAUGAAGAUCAGAUAGAGCAUGAUAAAAAUAUGAAUAAGAAGAGCUACCCGAUUUUAGAGAAAAUGUAUAGUUUAUUUAGGCUAGAUAAAAGGCUAUUUCCAAAAAAACGAUAUGAACUUUUUCAUGAGUUUUCGCGCGAUAAGAGUUACCUGUUUAACGUAGAAGAAUCAAACUUUUUUCCAACAUUUGUGAGACUUUCUGUUGUCAAUUUCAUUUUGGAACGAACAGCAUUUUCGGAUAGUGCACAGGAUGAUAAUUGUAUUGGUAUUGACAAAUUAUUAUCAGAUUCUAUAUAUACAGCAGCAUAUCCUCUACAUGACGGGCAUCAUAGAGACGAGGCAAGUAAACGUGGACUGCUGUAUAAGGAAUGGGGUGAACUAAAGAAUUGGAUCAAGCAUCAGCCACUUGAUAUAAUUAAAAAUUAUUUUGGAGUGAAGGUUGCACUUUACUUCUCAUGGCUAGGAUUUUAUACAAAUAUGCUCAUUCUUCCAUCCAUUCUUGGUAUUAUAUGCUUUAUCGUUGGACUCUCUACAAUGUUCUCCAAUUCAGUUGUAAAUGAGAUUUGUAAUGCUGACGACUCGGUUGUAUUAUGUCCUAAAUGUGACGAUUGUGGAUAUACGAAGUUAUCGGAAACAUGUAUCUACUCUAGAAUCAAUCAUAUUUUGGACAACAAUUUUACGAUAUUCUUUGCAAUUUGUAUGGCGAUUUGGGCAGCAAUAUAUUUAGAAUUAUGGAAGCGAUAUUCAGCCACAAUAGUUCACAGAUGGGGUACAACAGAUUUCACAAGAGAAUCUGAGCAUGCACGUCCAGCAUAUUUGGCCAGAAUAAGGACAAAAAAGCAAACAAAAAAUGUUAAGAACAUUGAAACAAAUCAAACGGAACCAACAUUGAGUUUUAAAUUCAAACUUCCAAAUUACUUAUUGAGCUACUCAAUAAUUAUACUUUAUAUCUUGCUGUCAAUUGCAGUAGUUUUAGCACUCAUUGUUUAUCGAAUGGCAACAUUGAGCUCAAAACGGGUAUACGGACCAAUAGAUCCUUUAUCAUUCAAAUAUAUCGUCUUACUUCCUAUCACGACGGGCAUAAUCAAUUUGAUAGUCAUCACAAUCAUGAAUUACCUCUAUGAUUACCUUGCAGUAUUUUUAACAGAUUUAGAAUACCGACGUACAAAAACUGAGUACGACAACAGUUUAUCGCUCAAAAUUUACUUGUUCCAGUUUAUAAAUUACUACUCAUCAUUAUUUUAUAUCGCGUUUCUCAAAGGCAAAUGGCCAGGAACGCCCGCUAAGUAUAAUCGGUUCUUCGGUCUAAGGCAAGAAGAAUGUGCUCCCGGAGGAUGUCUAAUGGAACUCUUUAUACAAUUAGCAAUCAUUAUGAUAGGCAAGCAAGCAAUCAACGCAAUACUUGAAAUAGCAACACCUUGGCUGAUGAAGAAAUGGAGAAUUUUCCGUUAUGGCAAGAAGAAUACUGAUGAAGAAGGGAGACUUAAAGAUACGAAUCAAUGGACCAAGGACUACAAAUUGAUGGUAUUUGAUUCAAUGGGACUGUUUCAAGAAUAUCUCGAAAUGGUUUUGCAGUUUGGGUUCUGCACACUAUUUGUCAUAUCAUUCCCCCUUGCACCACUUUUUGCUCUGAUCAAUAAUAUUUUUGAAUUGAGAUUGGAUGCAAAGAAGUUUUUAAUAUAUUAUAGAAGACCAGUGCCAAGACGGCAAUCUGAUAUUGGAAUUUGGCUUACAGUUAUGCGGAUGCUAGGAAAAAUAUCAGUCUUAACAACUGCAUUUAUCAUUGCAUUUUCGACAAGCUUUAUUCCACGAUUAGUUCACGAUAACUCAAAAGAAUUGCGUAAAAUGGGAUAUUUGAAUUUUACACUUGCAUACUUUAAUACAGCAGAUUUUGAAGAUUCGUCCAUGCCAAAUGCAACAAUUUUUGGAGCACACGAGAUUUGCAGAUAUCCAGAAUUUAGGAAUCCACCGUGGGAUGAUCAUCCUUACAAACGACCAUAUUAUUAUUGGCAAAUAUUGACAGCUAGACUAGCAUUUAUCAUUGUCUUUCAAAAUGUAGUCGCGUGGCUACAGCAAUUCAUCGACUGGGCUAUACCUGAUAAACCAGCACAAUUAGAUAGUUUAAUUAAGCGAGAAAACUUCUUAGUCAGUAAUAAAAUUAUUAGAGAAGAAAGGCAGAGGGCUCUUCAACAAUCUAGACAGAAAAUGGGUGAGAUUGAUUAUGUUAAUGGAAGGGUAUUUUAUGAGGCCAAGAGUUAAGGAUGUCAAGAUUCUUUUUUAUCAAAUUAAUCUAAAUGUUAAUUCUAUUUUACAAAAAUUAAUUACGCUUCAAAACUAGAGUAAGUUGCUAUUUUUAUUCUUAUGAUUAAGUGCAACACAAUCUAUACUUUAAAAGAAGUGCAAAUGCUCUAUUGGGAUUUAUUAUAUUUUGUUUUUGUUACUUAAUUUUAUUAUUUUAUUCUUUACAUCUAUAAUCUUCCAAAAAUCAUACGAGUCUAUUACACUCAAUGAAGCAAUAAAUAAAUUUUUUCUAACAUUCAUAAACGUCUUGUUCAUUAAAUUUUGUCGUCUGCAAAUUAAUCUUACAGGAUUAAAACUUUAAUCGUGCGUCAAGAAACGUGAUCAACGGCUAAAGAUUAUAAAUUUUAAUUACUUGAUUAUCCUCGAGAGACUAAUGGGCUUGCCCAUAAAUAGUAUACAUAAAGCACAUAUAACACACACGACCAGCGUUAGUGAGUGAUGAUAAUUUGUCUUUAGAGAUAUAUUAAUGUGAUUUCAGUUCAUUUAUAAAUGAUAAGUUGUGACAUUUAGAAUAGUUUACGAUAGUUGGACUUUGAUUUAUCCUCUUCUGACUUUAUUUUGUCUUUAAGAGCAUUUAGUUCCUUCAUGACUGUAGGUUUAAGUGAUGAAUCCAGUUCAAUAAUUCGAUUUGAAUCCUCUUCAGCUUUAUCGACGUUCCAUGCUCCAAUGUGACCUUUACAUCUUCUGUACAAGGCUUUUAUAUUGUCUGGCUCAUAUGAUAAAACUUCUGUGCAGCAUUCAAUGACUCGAUAAUAUUCUUUUUGAACUAGUUUACAUUGAGAAUAGUUUAAUAGAAGUGGAAUUUUCAUUCUAGCUAGAUCCAUCCAUUCUUCAUCUUUUGGCUUUUCUCUGAGCAUCAAUUGCUCUACAAUUCCUAAUGCUUUUGAGUACGAUUCUUCAGCUUGAAUAAAUUGAUUCCUCUUGAACAAUUCAUUUCCUUUUAUUCGGAAGUCAUCGAUUGACUGUAACUUUUCAGUCUCAUUAAGUUGCCAGCUUUCUUUUUCAUAUUCUUCAGGCAGUUCUAUAGAUGUGACUUCAAUUGUGAAUAUAAGAUCACAAGGUUUUUUGAAUAAUUCAUCAAGAUCCUCAUAUCCAAGACCCUCGUUCUGCAAAGUCAUUCCACAGCAGUGCCUUUUCUCUUCUGGCUUCUUAACUGCAUCUCUGAUUGUCUUUGAUAUAAAUGGAUAUUGCUGUACUAAUGAUUGAUCAACAUGAAAUCUUGCAACCUCGUUCAAGGACAUUUUCUGGACAAUUACUUCCCAUACUUCCAGUUUGAAUUUCUUCCCCAAAACUAGCUCAAACAGCCUAUUUGUCUUUCUGGAAUCAUCGAUUAUUUUCUGAUUAUCUGCUCGCUUUGUUUCAUAGUGAAAUUUCACUUUACAUCCAUCUUUCAAUGGAAUAUACUUAGAUCCAACAUAAACGGUCUCUUUCUUAAUUAAUGCUUCAUUUACAUCACACAUUUUUUAACAAAAAGUCUAAUUUGGAAAAUUUCAAUGCUAUUUGUUUUUAUUUUCUUGAAAACAAGAAUUGGUAAGGAACUGAUAAGUGUACAGCAUUAA